AGGAUCGCCUCACAUUCCGUACCUGUUCCUUAGUGGGUGGGGGUAAUGCAGCUCUACGACUCUUUUAGACCCCCAAUUCCACCAAUUCACGUAGGAGGUGAUCGGCUAAAGCUGUGUUAACUUAAAUAAGGGUCCCUUGUCCCACCCAGCGGCCACACAGAAUGCGCUCACUUUAUUCAGUGGAGCAUGAGGGCGAGACAGGGAGAUUAUAUUAUCUCGGGGCACUGGCGCACUAAACACGCCUCUGUUUCAUGGGUCUGAGACGCAGAAGUGCAGUGCAUUUUUCAGCAGCCUUCCUUGGUUGCUAGGCCUCCCAGCCUCCCUCCUCACUGCCACCGCUGUCUCUGGGCUGAUGUGCCAGAACUGAAACUUCUCAUUGUGAGCAGCGGGUGACACAGCCCCACAGUGAAGCACGCCGAGCAACAUUGACCCGCUCCAAGACCCCUAUAAAGGAUUCACACAGAAAAAAAAUCAUAAAGAUCCUCUUAUCAAACUUUUAGGGAGCGAAAAAAAAUUGAAAUUCUUUUCAUACGGCAAACAAUGAGCUCCCUCUGUUGGCUGCUGAACAAUAGCCUGUCGCCAGCCGCUGUAUCACUUAUAAAAGAGAAACACCCUCUGUCAGACUGACUCACUCAGCUCUGGUUGAAAGCGUAUUUGGGAAAUGUACAGCUCUCGUCUGAUUUAGUACCUCGCCUUUCACUGUAUAAACACUGCAGGUGGAUUUCGAGGCAGAAUUCAGGCGUGCGACCCUUUCUUGCUGAGCACCGGCUGGGAUGUCACUGGCAGCAGGCGUCCAGUGAAGCUGAGCGUGGCCUGCACUCUGUGAGGGUGACCAUGGCGUACGCCCUCCUGCCCAGCAAUGCCAGUGGUCCACAGUGUGGUCAGGAGAGUGCCGAGGAGAACCUCUUCUUCUCCUCCUUCUACGGGGUGGUGUUUGUGCUGGCGUUUGUGGGCAACAUCCUCGCUGUGUGGGUCUUCUCCUGCGACAACAACACCAACACCACCACUAACAUCUACCUGAUGCACCUGGCGGUGGCCGACCUGUCCUACGUACUGAUCCUGCCCAUGCGCAUGGUCUACCACCUGAGCCAGAACCACUGGCCAUUCGGCGAGGUGCCUUGCCGCAUCACCGGCUUCCUCUUCUACCUCAACAUGUACGCCAGCAUCUUCUUCCUCACCUGCAUCAGCGCCGACCGCUUCCUUGCCAUCGUCUACCCGGUCAGGUCCAUGCGCUUCCGAAAGCCGCUCUAUGCCAACAUGGCCUGUGUGGCGCUGUGGGUGUUGGUGGUGGUGGGGGUGGCUCCCAUGCUGGGAGCGCCGCAGACCCUGCAGAGCAGCAACACCACCACCGUCUGCCUCCAGCUCUACCGCGAGAAGACCUCCACCUUCGCCCUGGUGCCCCUGACGGUGGGCUUUGUGGUUCCCUUCGUGAUCACCGUGACCUGCUACCUGCUCAUCAUCCACAGCCUCCGCCGGGGCAACCGCAUCGAGAGGCACCUGAAGGACAAGGCCAUCAAGAUGAUCAUCCUGGUGCUGACCAUCUUCCUCAUCUGCUUUGUGCCGUACCACAUCAACCGCUACCUCUACAUCCUGACCAGCGGCACGGCGCAGGUCGGCUGCCGGCAGCGGCGGCUGAUGGCCCUCAGCAACCGCAUCACCUCCUGCCUCACCAGCCUCAACAGCUGCCUCGACCCCAUCGUCUACUUCUUCGUCGGCGAGAAGUUCCGCGAGCGAUUCUGCCACUUCGUAUGCGGCCGUAGGAAGAGGACGCAGUCCGUCAGCCACGAGACCAAGACCAACGAGAGCUCGCUCAGCGGCAAGUCCGAGCUCUAGCUCUGCCGCCGAGCAACUGCCCCCCGAUACCACAGUCAGCCAGUAGGGGGUGUGAAUGGUGUGUCAGGUGGAGUUUGGGCAUGUCUAUGUAUGUGAGCAUGUUGUGUGUGUGUGUGUGUGUGUGUGUGUGUGUGUGUGUGUGUGUGUGUGUGUGUGUGUGUGUGUGUGUGUGUGUGUGUGUGUGUGUGUGUGUGUGUGUGUGUGUGUGUGUGUGUGUGUGUGUGUGUGUGUGUGUGUGUGUGUGUGUGUGUGUGUGUGUGUGUGUGUGUGUGUGCGCAUGUGAGGGUGGGGUUUGGGCAUGUCUAUGUAUGUGAGCAUGUUGGCAUGUGUGCGUGUGUGUGUGCAUGUGCGGGUGGGGUUUGGGCAUGUCUAUGUAUGUGAGCAUGUUGUGUGUAUGAGACUAGUGUGUGUCAGGCUGGUAUGAGUGAUUCAAUGAAAGACACAAAAAGCUGGAGUAACUCAGCAGGUCAGGCAACAUCUCUGGAGAAAAGGAAUGGGAGACGUUUCGGGACGAGACCCUUCUUCAGACUGAGAGUCGGGGAAAGGGAAAUGAGAGAUAUCGAUUGUGAUUUAGAGAGAUAUAGAACGAAUGAAUGAAAGAUAUGCAAAAAGUAACGAUGAUCAAACAAAGGUGGAGCCCACAAUGGUCCAUAGUUGGCUUAGGCUAAGUAAUAACAAGUUGUACAACUAGUGAAACUCAACAGGACAACAGUGAAACCAUUAUGAUGAUGAGGAUGGGGAUGGAGAGAGAGGGGAUGCAUGGCUUACUUGAAGUUAGAGAAAUCACUAUUCAUGCCACUGGGUUGUAAGCUGCCCAAUAUAAGAUGCUGUUCCUCCAAUUUGCAUUUGGACUGACCCGCUUGAGUUACUCCAGAUUUUCGUGUCUAUCUUCGGUUUAAACCCACAUCUGCAGUUCCUUCCCACACAUUUGGUUUGACAGAUUGUUGCGUGUGUGAGUGAGAGACAUGUAUACGUUUUUAGUAUGUGUUUGGUUGGUGUGUAUGAAUGUGAGGUAGAAGUAUGUGUGAGAAGUUAGAGUCUAUGUUUGUAAGUGCGUGUGAUUGUAGUGUAGGUGCAAGGUUGUUGUAUACAAGGUUUGUAUGUGUAUAGUGGUAGUUGUUGUGUUUGUGUGUCAGAUUGAUGUCUGCGCGUAUUUGUUAAGCAGUUAAGUUGAAUUUGUUAAUUCACAAGGUGAAUAUCUAAGUCAUUACAAUAUGGACAUGCUGAAGAGUGCAUCUGAUGAUGCAAAUCGAUUUGAUGUGAAUCAGUGUGACACCAGAGACAGCCCAAUGGGUCCGCAGUGCUGAACCUGUAGCCAUUGUGAAAUCACACCUGUGGGACUGUAGUUGGCGUUUGGAGUGAGACGGAGAUAGGUGUGGAAGAACUCAUCUGUGAAACUCUGAAUAGACCCAGGACGAUACCUGAUUUUUUGGAGGCUGGCACUCGGCAGAUGUUAUCAUUGAAAUAUCCUAUUCUAGGUGACAUCACAGAUGGACACAGUAACAGCAGCUGCAUUUAUGGACCUGUGUCGCUGAUCUUGACAUUGAGAGACAACCUAAAUGAAGGAGCUAACUGUAAAAAAAAUGGUGAUGCUGGAAUCAUCAACACAAACUUUCCCUGAGCUGCCGUGGGGUGAGGUGGUGGUGCAGGGUG